AUGAGAAAGUCGAUGCUCAUCUUUGGCUUUCUUCUUGUCUUCCUCGGCCUGGCUUUGCCAGGCACCCAGGGAAAAGUCAUCCCCCGAUGUGAGUUGGUGAACAUCCUACGUCGGCAUGGCUUUGAGGGCUUCGAGGGCAAAACUGUAGCUGACUGGGUGUGCCUGGUGCAGCACGAGAGCAGUUACAACACUAGAGCCUAUCAUGACAACGGUUCAAGCAGGGAUUACGGAAUCUUUCAGAUCAACAGCCAGUACUGGUGUGACGAUGGCAAGACCCGUGGAUCCAAGAAUGCCUGCCACAUCAGUUGCUUAAAAUUGCAAGAUGAUGAUAUCCAGAACGAUAUUCAGUGUGCCAAAAAGAUUGCUGAAGAGGCUCAUGGCCUCAGUCCCUGGUAUGGCUGGAGAGACCAUUGCGAGGGCAAAAACCUGCAUUCCUAUGUCGAGGGUUGCUAA